CUGGCUCCGCCCCUUCUCACGCUUAGCUUCCUCCGCAGCAGGGGCCGGUCACGCUCACUCCAGAUCUCUUUCUGCAGCCAUCUUGGAUCCGUGUUCCUCUCACAAAAUGCCCGGCGAAGCGACAGAAACCGUCCCAGCCACAGAGCAAGAGUUGCCACAGCCCCAGGCUGAGACAGGGUCUGGAACAGAAUCUGAUAGCGAUGAAUCAGUACCAGAGCUUGAGGAACAGGAUUCUACACAGGCAACCACACAACAGGCCCAGCUGGCAGCAGCUGCUGAGAUCGACGAGGAACCAGUCAGUAAAGCAAAACAGAGUCGAAGUGAAAAGAAAGCACGAAAGGCUAUGUCCAAACUGGGACUUCGACAAGUGACAGGGGUUACUAGAGUCACCAUCCGGAAGUCUAAGAAUAUCCUCUUUGUAAUCACAAAGCCAGACGUCUACAAGAGCCCAGCCUCAGAUACCUACAUAGUCUUUGGGGAAGCCAAGAUUGAGGAUCUCUCUCAGCAGGCACAGUUAGCUGCUGCUGAAAAAUUCAAAGUACAGGGUGAAGCUGUUUCAAACAUCCAGGAAAAUACACAAACUCCAACUGUACAAGAAGAAAGUGAAGAGGAGGAGGUUGACGAAACAGGUGUGGAAGUUAAGGACAUAGAAUUGGUCAUGUCCCAAGCAAAUGUAUCCAGAGCAAAGGCUGUCCGAGCACUAAAGAACAACAGUAAUGAUAUUGUAAAUGCUAUUAUGGAAUUAACGAUGUAACAAUCUGGAGAAAAAAAGACUUUUUCAGUGUUUCAGAGAAGAUUAAAUGCAACCUGAUUUGAAAUUUGUACUGUUUCUAUCAAUAAAGUUGUGGCUUCUUGUUGGAUGAA